AUCACCAAACCCUUGCUGGCUCUUAUGGGCAUGAAACACUCCUCCCGCUGCCUGCUCCUAAGGAGGAAAAUGGCGGAGAACGCUGCCGAGAACACCGAGGUGAGCAGUCCCCCCCCGCAGCCCCCUCAGCCCAUCGUCCCACCCAAGCCCGUGCAAUGUGUCCAUCAUGUGUCCACUCAACCCAGCUGCCCAGGACGGGGCAAGAUGUCCAAGCUGCUGAACCCAGAGGAGAUGACCUCGAGAGAUUAUUACUUCGACUCCUACGCCCACUUCGGGAUCCAUGAGGAAAUGCUGAAGGAUGAGGUGCGGACACUCACCUACCGGAACUCCAUGUACCACAAUAAGCACGUGUUCAAGGACAAAGUGGUGCUGGACGUUGGGAGUGGUACCGGGAUCCUUUCCAUGUUUGCUGCCAAAGCGGGAGCCAAGAAAGUGUUUGGGAUUGAAUGUUCCAGUAUUUCUGACUACUCAGAGAAGAUCAUUAAGGCCAACCACUUGGACAACAUCAUCACCAUAUUUAAGGGUAAAGUGGAAGAGGUGGAGCUGCCUGUGGAGAAGGUAGACAUCAUCAUCAGCGAGUGGAUGGGCUACUGUCUGUUCUAUGAGUCAAUGCUCAACACGGUGAUCUUUGCCAGGGACAAGUGGCUGAAACCUGGAGGGCUUAUGUUUCCAGACCGGGCAGCUUUGUACGUGGUAGCAAUUGAAGACAGACAAUACAAGGACUUCAAAAUCCACUGGUGGGAGAAUGUCUAUGGCUUUGACAUGACCUGUAUCCGGGAUGUUGCCAUGAAGGAGCCCCUGGUGGACAUCGUGGAUCCAAAGCAAGUGGUGACCAAUGCCUGUUUAAUAAAGGAAGUGGACAUUUAUACGGUGAAGACGGAAGAGCUGUCGUUCACAUCUGCCUUCUGCCUGCAGAUACAGCGAAAUGACUACAUCCACGCCCUGGUCACCUAUUUUAAUAUUGAAUUUACCAAGUGCCACAAGAAAAUGGGGUUUUCCACAGCUCCUGAUGCCCCCUACACCCACUGGAAGCAGACUGUCUUCUACUUGGAAGAUUACCUCACUGUCCGGAGGGGGGAAGAAAUCUAUGGGACCAUAUCCAUGAAGCCAAAUGCCAAAAAUGUGCGAGACCUCGAUUUCACGGUAGAUUUGGAUUUUAAGGGACAGCUGUGUGAAACAUCUGUAUCUAAUGACUACAAAAUGCGUUAGCACACGUGGGACGCUGCAGAGAGCGAGCAAGAAGAGAAACUCUGCCCUCGAUCUGCGGCUCCGUCACAAGGAAUACCGUUUGCAGGACUAUACACUCGAAAACCAGAGUUUUAAAUUCUGCCUUGAAGAUUGGUGAACUCACCAGGGCUCCCGUGGGCCCUGCCACUGGACAGAGAGCCUCCCGCUCCUCAGCUCUGCUCUGGGAGCCCUUCACAGAGGUUUUGUUGUCGCCGACACAGAGCAGCCUCCAGUGUGGUGGCUGGGGCGCCGAGGAGGGAAAAGUACACACGUAUACCCAUUGUCCUCCUUAACUGUGGCUCUCCGGAACUUCCAGUUUUGCAUGCUGCAGGCAUCUAGGACAGAUCGCUUCACUAGAACCUGGAGACAUAGUGUCUUUGAUAGCAUAAGCCAGAUUACCCGUCUGUGCGGUGGUGUGCGUGCGUGCGCGUGCGCGCCUCCAGCAGAUCCAUUAGCUUCUCUGCCCACGACACCUGUAUAUGCAUGCAUAUACAACCACGUGGGUGUGUUUCUGUGUUCAUUCAGGGUGUGUGUGUGUGUGUGCGCGCGCGCGUGCGUGCGUGUGUGUGCGUAGAAUAUAUAUUACUCUCAGAGGAGAUUCUGUUGCUUUCGAAUAGGAGUUUGUUUUGUGAUUAGUUCUUCCCCUUCCCCAUCCCUUACAGAUGUUAAGCAGCUAUGACACGUUCUCUGUACUAGCUCUGGUCUCCUUUUGACUAGAAUGUGGCUCUGAACCCUGAGCAUAGUACCACGCAUUCUGUUGGCACUCAAUAAAUGCA